AUCACCGCAAAUGCCACCAGCAUUUUCAUUUUCCUGUGUGAAAUCUGUGUGUUGUGGGGCAAAACCGCACAAAAUCAGGUGAAGGCAGAUCUGUCAUGAAAGACGAGAAGGUCUUAUUCUUCGUCUGCGUCCGUACGCUUCCACACUCUUGUUUGAGACCAACAGCGUUGUCAAACUAGUAGUAACUCUUGUUUUCUCUGUCUCAUUUAUUUCUAGAGAGGGAAAGUUAGAGAGAGAGAGAGAGUUUGGGACUUUGGAGAAUGUUUGAAUUGAGAGAAGGGUCUUGUUUGCCAAAGGUGUUGGUGGGUGUGAAUGUGGGUCUUGCUCUUGUUGAUGCCGUUAUAGCUGCCCUUGCAUUUUAUCAGUUAAUUAGGAUUCACUCGAGGAAUUCACAACUUGGAUGGACUCGCCAAAAAGUUUUUCAUCUGUUGAUUGGCUCUUCGAAUUUGGGUUGCUUAAUUUAUCUUGUAUUAACUCUUUUUGCUGCUUGCAAGGGGUGGAAAUGUUGGUCCAACUCUUGUGGUUUUAGCCUCAUGGCUUUGCCCAAAAUUUUGUUUUUUGCUGCAUUCCUUCUACUUUUAUCGUUCUGGGUUGACCUGUGCCAUCAGGCAGAUGACGAAGAUGAGGAGGAUGAAGGUAGUUUUCAGGAAGCUUUGUUGGAGAAGACAUUUAGCAAAACUAAUCCAUUGGACACUGAUAGUCAUAGAAGGUGUUUUCCUCUGCGAAUCCAUAUUGGAAGCCGCCAGAAAAUUGUAGUUUUGGUUACUGUGCUAGUUUUUAUUAUAAUGAUCGUGUGUGCUGUGAUAAUCUGGAUCGGGAUGGGAAAAAAUCCCAUUGAUUCUGCUGUGGUAGCUCGGGUAUAUGUAGAUCUUUUUGCAAUAGUAACACUAUUAUUGGGAGGAGCAUUGGCAUGUUAUGGACUUCUAUUAUGCUUGAGAAUGAGAAAAGUUAGAUCUGAGAGAGCCUCUUCUGAGAUGUGGAAGGUUGCAGGUUUAGCUGUCGUUUCCGUUCUAUGUUUCGCCUCAAGUGCUUUCGUGGCUCUAUUAACUGAUAUUCCUAUGCUUUACCAUGACUAUCAACAGCCUGUGAAUGGUGUUUAUACUGCGCUUUGGCUGAUUUUAUAUUAUUUUGUAGGUUCAUCAAUACCCUCAGCGUAUGUAUUAUGGGUCAUGAGAGAAUUACCACCCUCAAUAGCAGCUAACAUACGACAAGAAGAAGAAGAAUCAACUACAUUAACAUUCAUCAGUGAUGAUUCUAACGUAUUACCACAUCCUCAGAGCUGGACUGCAGCAAUGAGCUCGCGGAGCCAGGUAUCAAGAGUAAGUCCGAUAUAAUGCUUUUCCUGUUUCUGCAAACUCUUAAAUUCACCGACACACCAGCAUGCAAAGCAUGUCAUUGCUGUCCCAAACCAUGAAGAGAGCCGAAAGAACUGAACUGUUAUAACAACAGCUUGUGGUGAUGAGAUGGUGAUGAGAUGAAGAGGGUGUUAAGUUGCAUCCUUGACAGGCAAUUUGUGUACAGCCAUAGGUAGCAUUGCCAUGGUUUUGACAGUUUAGGAUGUACAUAGCAAAAGAUGCUAAAUGAGAGUUUUUUUUUCCUCUCC